CAAUAAACUCAUGCUUCUCGUGAAGAAUUGACAAUGGUUGCAUGCUUAUAGAGGAGAGGGACCACCACAGUGAAUGAAACCAAUGAGAGCCUCUUCCCCUUGAAAGAGUUCAACUACAUGUCUCACUCUCAAAUUCCAGAGAUUUUUGCAGCUUCUCCUCAAUCUCUUGCUGAUAGUAAUGGAAGGAAUGACAGCAUGGAGGUUCAGAACAACCUCAGUGAUGAAGGGUCGGUGAAGCAUUUCUCUAACAACAACAGGCCAAUGCCAGCAUCUGGGCUGAAUGUAGUAACCCCUGGUAGGACUCAGUUCGCCAUCUACUAUAAUGGGAGUAUGCAUGUCUAUGAUGGAAUCCCUGCUGAAAAGGUGCAUGAAAUAAUGUUGAUUGCUGCUGCUGCCAAGUCUGCUGAAAUGAAGAGUGGGAUCCCCUUCAUGUCACUCAUUCCCACAAGCCCUUCUUCUCCACAAGGAACCUCUAACAGUUUGGCUUCUCCACCAUCAGUCAGCUUUCCUGCAGAGAAGAGUUCCAUUUGCAGGCUGCAAGAAUUUCCAAUAGCUCGCAGACAGUCACUUCAAAGGUUUCUUGAGAAGCGAAGAAUGAGGUUGGGUAGCAAAAAUCCUUAUACCACCACCACAGGUAGAGGAGCUGAUAACAAAGAGAACAACUUAUGUGCUGAGAUGACCCCAGUUAACGAACAAGGGUGGGAUUUCAGCUCAGUAUUGCUGCCUCUUAAGGGCAACUAGUAUUGGCGUCUGGAACUGCAUGUGCACUCAUGUAGAAGCAAAUAAACUACAGUAAUAUUACUAUGUUUAUGUUCUGGGGCCAUAUGUUAUGUAUAAUUAUUGAACCUGAAUGUGUCACUCAGGUAUGACUUGAAAGUUGGGUUAGUCUAUUAAUGUCCAUAGAAUACCCAUUAUGCUUAGAACAAUUAAUUAUUGCUAAACUGGUAUUGCUGUACCUUAAUGUGUCUGGACAAUUGAUUAUUGAUUGUGAUGACACAUCUACUUUCAUGAUGUCUCUAUACAAAUUGUUUGUUUGUUUGUUUCAA